AUGUCAGACAACUCCAUAGAUAAGUCACCAUUGGGUAUUCACGUCAACCAACUAGAUCCAAAUAUUCAUAUUCCUGAAGAUCUGGUCAAUGAGUUGACUGAAGAAGAUUAUGAAUUCCUCAAGAUCAAACAAGUCCCACAAAGAUGGUAUCAAUGGUUUGCUAUCACUGAUACAAAAGCUGAAAGGAAAUUAAUCAUCAAAUUAGAUCUAUUAAUCUUGGUCUAUUUGUUCUUAUCAUCAUUUGUGAAAACCUUGGAUACAUCUGCUGUUAGUUAUGCCUAUGUUUCAGGGAUGAAAGAAGAUCUGGGAAUGUAUGGAAAUCAAUUAACUUAUCAAAACUCAUGUUUUAUGGCAGGUUUUAUUGUGGGACAAAUUCCAUUAACUAUGCUUGGAACAAAACUACCAAUUCAUUUAUAUUUACCAAUAAUGGAUUCUAUCUGGUCUAUUUUCACAUUAGCAUUAUUCAAAAUCACAAAUUAUCAUCAAUUAUAUGCUUUAAGGUUCUGUAUUGGUUUAUUUGGAUCUUUCUUCUUCCCUUUUUGCCAGUAUAUCCUAGGAUCAUGGUAUACUGAAAAUGAAUUGACCAAAAGAUCUGCUUUAUAUUUCUGUGCUUCACAAGUCGGUGGUAUGGCUGCUGGGUAUAUUCAAGCAGGUGCUUAUAAACAUCUUAGUGGGUUACAUGGUCUUGAAGGAUGGAGAUGGUUAUAUAUCUUAGCUUUCAUCAUCACAUUACCAAUUUCACUUUAUGGAGUCUUAACAUUACCAGGAUUACCUGAUAAAAUUCAUAAUAAUAGACUUUUAACACCAAAUGAAAUUAAAUUGGCAAGAUUAAGAAUGAUUAGAGAAGGAAGAUCUUCAAAAGAUAGAUUUUCAAUCUCUGUAAUUUUACAAAUUAUAAAAGGUUGGAGAUUUUGGAUCCUUGUUGUAUUUGCUAUAUUUUUUUCACAAGCUGAUGGUAUAAGUUCACAAAAUGGAUUACCAAUAUGGCUUAAAGCUGAAAAUUAUUCAGUUUAUCAAGUUAAUACUAUAACAACAGUUAUCCCAGCUGUGACUAUUUUCUUCUCAUUGUUGAACGGUAUUAUAGUCGAUAGUUGGAAAGAUUCACAUCCUUAUAUAAUUGCAUAUGUUGCAAUUUUCAAUUUGUUAUCAGGAAUCUUGUUAACUAUUUGGAAAAUUCCAAAAAAUGCCAUCAUGUUUGCCUUUUUCCUUUCUGGUACUGCAGAUAGUAUAGCUGCUGUCUUAUAUUCUUGGGCUAAUAUCAUUUGUUCAAAUAAUUCACAAGAAAGAGCAUUAACUUUGAGUACUAUGAAUACUUUAGGUAAUACAUUUGGUGUGUGGGUUCCUUUAUUCGUUUGGAAAACCUCUGAUGCUCCAAGGUAUUUAAAAGGUUAUGCUUAUAAUAUUGGGUUAGACUCGAUGAUGUUGAUCUUACUGGUUCCUUUGACCAUAUUAUACAGAAGAAAUAAGGAACAUACAAAGAUUGAUGAUUCAAACGAUGAUGAAAUUGAUUCAUUAGAAUAA